AUGUCCUCCGCCGACUCCAUGUUCGCAGAUGCGGACAAGAAGACAAAGAAAACGUUCUUCAAGGACUUCGAGGGCGCCUUUGACCUCUUCAACAAAGCUGGCGUCCGGUACAAGCUGGACAAGGACUUCAUGCGCGCCGGCGAUGCCUACUCGCGUGCCGGAGACUGUGCGGUGAAACUUGGCGACAAGGCGGGGGCGGGUAUGGCCUUUGCCGACGCCGUGAAUGCUUACAAGAAAAUCGACGCGGGCAAGGCCAAGACGAUGCUAGACAUGGCAGUGCGUCUGCAAAUUGAAAACAAUCGCUUGUCCGGCGCGGCGCGGCUUCUCUUGGAGUUCGCUACCUCUCUCGAGGAGCAGGGGUCUGGCAUGGAUGCCAUCCCACAUUACGAACAAGCUAUGCAAUACUUCAAAGCCGAGGACCAGAAGGCGCAGGCACAGAAGUGUAUGAUAGCAAUAGGGAAGAUCUACGGCGAGAACGACCAGUAUGACAAGGCUCUCAUGUACUACGAGCGCAUUGCAAAUGAGAUGCUUGGCGGCCCUCUCAAGUUCCAGGCGCAGGACUACUUCCUGCGGGCGAUGCUCUGCCGCUACGCCAUGGUGACCAACGACAAUCGCUUCGAGGGGAGUGAGGAGUGCCGCGACGCGCUGCAGCAGUACAUGUCCGCCGAUAUCUACCUGAAGAACACACGCGAGGCGGAGUUCCUGCAGCUCAUCCUGGACGCCGUCACCGACAGCGACGUGGAGAAGUUUGAGAUUGGUGUGUCGUUGCUGCAGGACAUUCGCAAGCUGGAUGACUGGAAGACACAUGUUUUGCUUGUGGUGAAGCACAACAUGGAGAGCCUCGCGUGA